AUGGCUACCGUUAUCACCAUUCAGCCUUCUUCGGCUGUUCCAACCUCACACUCCCCUUCCCUCCAUCGUCGACAUCCCUCCAACUCCAACACUCUCUCGCCCUCCCCCAUCUCCAUUCACUCGACACUACCACCCCGUUUAGGGAGUAGGGAUGGAGCUAGUUGUGACGCCUGCCUUCGCCGAAAGAGCCGCUGCGCAAUGAAUGACCUCGUCAACAAGUGCUACUCCUGUGACUUUCAUCGCCAGGAGUGCACAUUUACCCUCACCACCGAGUCCCCAAUCAAGAAGCGCAAGCUUGAGGAUUCCCCACGAGAGCUUGAGUCUGUCAAACGGUAUGUCUUAGGAGUGAAGAGGAAUGGAUACCCUCAAUACAAUCCAACACCCUCGCCACAGUCCAACCUCCCCCCCGAGGCCGCACGCCUCCAUCAAGGCGCUAUGAUCCGCCCUGGCUUCUUCAAUCAAUCCACUCAACACAUUGGUAUGACCACCGAGUUGGAACCCGCCCUCCUUGAGUAUCUGCCACUAGACGAAUACGACGAAUGCAAUGUUUCCAACUCCCGCAUCCGAAGAUGUGCCGACGACUGCACUUUUAUGCGCGUCGUCGAUACCCUCCCUAUUGGUGACUCGCAGGCCGUGUCACUUGACGCCAUUGAGAGCCUGGUUGCUCCGUACGGCGCAACCUUGAUCGAGAAGUUCUUCGAUCAUGUUCACCCCUCCUUCCCCAUUCUCAUGGAGGAUGCGUUCCGCCAGUCAUACCGGGAACGCCGCCAAUUGUCCCCGUUACUCCUCGCCGCGGUCUAUGUACUUACUCUGAAGUUCGUCGACGUGGGCGCCUCCUCUCAAACGGCCCGCCGUCCAGAUGCGGCCCGGUUAGAGAGCACCGCGUUGAAACUGCUGAUUGAGUCUUUGCCCUUCCCCAGUAUCUCCACCAUCCAGGCCGGUUUGCUCUUGACGCAAAAGUCGACAUUGGCUACGGCCUCGCUGAAUGGCCAGUUGGUGACUGCCUGCUUCGAGCUGGGUCUGCAUCAAGACUGUUCGAACUGGCGUAUGAAGACGUGGGAGAAGGGUCUGCGGAAGCGUCUUGCCUGGGCGCUGUAUAUGCAGGAUAAAUGGUCUUCCUUAGUACACGGUCGUCCAUCACAGAUCUUUGCGUUCAAUUGGACUGUCAAGGAUCUCGUGGAAGACGACUUCUCUGAUGCUUUCCUCUCCGGUACCGACUCGGCGCACGACUCGGCAGCUGUUGGCCACGGCCCUCUUCUAUUCUGCCAUAUGGUGGCCCUCACCACCAUUCUCUCUGAUAUUCUGGACCGCUUUUAUACCCUUAAAGCCAUCGAGGAUUUCACAGCCGCAGGCAAUCAGAGAACCCGCAUCAUCCUCGAAAAGGCUAAGCCAGCACAGAUUCGACUGAAGGAGUGGUUCUCAUCUCUCCCCGCCUCAUUGAAGAUGGAAUCAUCGACCGGCGAGCUCGUCGAGACAAUCACCGACGAACACGCCCGCAACGGCGCCCUCCACCUCGCCUAUUUCGCCACGGAAAUUACUCUUCACCGCUGCAUCGUGCGCUCCCUCGCCACAGAUGGCUCAGACUCGUACCUCGCGCACAUCUGUCGCGGUGCAGCAAAGACUCGUUUAAUCUCCGCCAUGGACUUCGUCAACCGCCUUCGUCCCGCCCAUCUCCGCUCAUUCUGGCCCGCAUCCGCACGCACCAAUUUCUCUCUCAUCGGCUCCUUCGGUAUGCUACUUCGCAUUACCGCGCCGACCAACGAGGAGGCGGAUUUCUACCGCGUACGUUUGUGCGAGUACCGCUGGACUCUGAGCGUUAGCCACAAGAAUGCCGAGUUCAUGAGCUUUGCCCUGGAGAGUCUUGACAAUGCGACCGCUUUUGACAAGCAUGUUCCCGCAAAGCCGAAUAUCGACGAACUCAUGGCUUCGCAGAAGCAGGCUCCCCGUGUUUCUUUCGCGGGCACGUAUGAUGAUGCCAUGGCUGAGGCUGAGGCUACGCACGGCGCGGGCUCCUCUUCUGUCAUCUCGGGUCUUGCGUCUCCUGCCACUUCUGUUAGCGACAUGGAAGAUAAUGAUGAUGCGAUGCUUUGA